AAACAAUUGGCCAUUUGCAAAAGCAGCGGGUGCUCUGAUGAGGCUGGAUUUGCACCACACAACCGAAGAUGAGGUUUUGAACCUGCAUAAGAACACGCCAGCUGCAGAAUCAGCCAAAGGAAAAUAUGCUCAUAUGCUGUUCAAUGAACUGUUUGAAGACUACUCCAAUGCUCUAAGACCAGUGGAAGACACAGAUAAAGUACUGAAUGUCACCCUUCAGAUCACAUUGUCCCAAAUUAAAGACAUGGAUGAAAGGAACCAAAUUUUGUCAGCUUACUUAUGGAUUCGACAAAGCUGGUAUGAUGCAUACCUCAGAUGGGACAAAGAUAAAUAUGAUGGGUUGGAUUCCAUCAGGAUUCCAAGCAAUUUGGUUUGGAGACCAGAUAUUGUCCUAUAUAACAAGGCUGAUGAUGACUUUUCAGAACCAGUAAAUACUAAUGUAGUGCUGAGAUAUGAUGGAAAAAUCACCUGGGAUGCACCUGCCAUCACAAAGAGCUCUUGUGUAGUGGAUGUGUCUUACUUUCCUUUUGACAGCCAGCAGUGCAACCUUACGUUUGGGUCCUGGACCUAUAAUGGCAAUCAGGUAGACAUCAUCAAUUCUCUCGAUAGUGGUGACCUCUCUGACUUCAUAGAAGAUGUGGAAUGGGAGAUUCAUGGUAUGCCAGCAGUUAAGAAUGUUAUCACUUAUGGCUGCUGCUCUGAACCUUAUCCAGAUGUGACCUUCACGUUGAUUUUGAAAAGGAAGUCCUCUUUCUACAUAUUUAAUUUGUUGCUUCCUUGCAUUUUGAUCUCCUUCCUGGCCCCACUGGGAUUCUAUCUCCCUGCAGACUCUGGUGAGAAAGUGUCUCUGGGUGUUACAGUUCUUCUUGCUCUAACUGUGUUCCAGCUGAUGGUUGCAGAGAUCAUGCCCCCAUCUGAAAAUGUUCCUUUGAUAGGAAAGUACUACAUAGCAACUAUGACCAUGAUCACAGCUUCCACUGCAUUGACAAUCAUUAUAAUGAAUCUCCAUCAUUGUGGCUCAGAAGCAAAGCCUGUUCCACAGUGGGCCAAAGUGGUUAUUUUGGACUAUAUGUCAAAAAUCUUUUUUGUUUAUGAUGUGGGUGAAAAUUGCACAAGUCCAAAAAGAGAGAAGGAAGAAGAAUAUAGGUUUGAGGGGGAUGAUGGAUGUCAGAGGAGGCACAAAGAGGUAAGGAGUUCUCUUUCCACUAGGAAUGAUGAGUGCAAUCUCAAGGAAAAGCUCAAUGGAAACUGGAAUAAAAGCUAUGGGGUAAAUGGUGAAAAUGUUAAGGAGACUGUUAAUUGCUGUUCUUGUUACAAAACGCUGAUUAAAAAUAUUGAGUAUAUUGCUAAUUGUGUUAGAGACCAUAAAGCAAACCGGGCCAAAGGAAUUGAGUGGAAAAAAGUUGCAAAAGUGAUGGACAGGUUUUUCAUGUGGAUUUUCUUUAUCAUGGUGUUUUUUAUGAGUGUGCUGAUCAUUGGAAAAGCUGCUUAACUGAAAAUGAAUAUGUUCCUUUUGUAAAUCUGAAUAGUCUAUGUUUGUUUGUUUAGGAGGAGUUCUGUGUUUAGGGGUGCUUUUGAGAUCAUUGCCUUGAAUUCUGUAACAAUAAACGAAUUGAUUCUGUAGGCUGUGACAGUGACAGUGAGUUGAGACAUUGCAUAACUGAGGACUUUGCUGGUGACUGUCCUUGCCUUUUAGUUUGGGUGUGCUGAGGAGGCUGCAGGAUGAGCAGUCAGUGUUCUGCCAUGGUGGGUGGUGGCCAUGACUUCAGGCUGUCUGGGCCAGAGCAUUGCAGCAGUGGAGCAGACAGGCUAGCAGGGAAUUGUGUAUUCACAGGGCUGUAUCUCUGUAAUUUGAUCAGCCCUUUCACUCUUCCAGAGGAAAAAGAAAGUGUAUUUGUGACAUGAUGACAUUUUCUGGAGAUCAUCCCUUCAUGGCAUUGCCCUUUUCCCUUUUAUUUUAGCUUGACUUGAAAACUUACGGUUUUUGUUACAGCUCACUGAUCACUGUUCCUAUCAUUUCAUAGGCUCUACAUGUCUAUAUGCCUUUAGCUUUUAAUAUGGUUGAGCUUACUG